ACAAGGCUACAACCACCACUGCUCCCUCAGAAUGAUAGUGACACUGGGGAAGAGGAGAGUGAUUAUGAAAAUGAGGUUGAAAGCCAAUUGUUAGCAAGAUGAUGAUUAAUGAAGAAUUGCAUGCAAGUUGGGACCAGUCAACCGGAUGUAUUGUCCACCACGAUGUUGAGCACACAAGGCUACAGAGUGUCCGCAUUCCAAUUGACUGAGGAGAUUUCAGUUUUUACUGAAAGUAAUGAGAGGGAGUGGAGGCAAGGAUUGGUGGUGGUGGUGGAUUGGAUCUGCCCAUCAGGGGGAGAGAAAACCAGGAUUAUGCUGAUGGGAUAACUUCUACUGGUGGUAGGUGGCAAGACAUGUCCUUCUCUCAAGGGAGGCAAGGUAGUGGCGGGCGUACAGGAUAUGGUGCUGGUGGUGGAAGAACAUUGGCUUUUGGUCAAGCUUUUGGAGGAAGCUAUUGGUCCGGUCAAUUGCGAGGAGCAGGUGGAUAUUCUGGGAAGAUUGCUCCAUCAAUUAAAGGUUCCCAAAUGGAUGCUUCAAGCUGCAUAGUCAGUCUUAACCAUGGGGUGCGUGCUUAAAUAAUCAUAGUAGUAAAUGACUGGAGGAGGUGACUAAUUUUUAGCAAAUUCUGGUUUUGUUUCUAAAAUUAUAGUAAACCGGACCAUAUGUU